UCUUUCAUUUUGAACCUAUCACAAUACACUGUGUUUUCCAACCUUCCUUCUCUUUCCUUCGUUAUUUCCAGCGAAUCUCCCUUGCAAUACUAUGGCGUCACACGGGGUCGUCCCGGAUCUGUUUGACGAUCGCUACCUGCAGCUCCAAGAUGUCGCAGGCAACGUCGAGCCGUUUCCAAUACCCGUGCCUCACGAGGAUUAUGAGCAGUACAUCACCGUGUAUGCGAUAGGCAUCCCGCUCGAUAUCUUCACCGCACUAAUACAAGACUUUACGGAUCGAUACUCUAUGGAAACCGGCGAGGAACUGUGGAGCUGGCUAGUACAGUGGAAAGUCGACAAGUCAGAGGACGGCGAUCGCAGCUUGGCUUUCAAGAGACCCCGGUUGUGGACGGACAGAUUAACAGUACCGCCCGCUCCAUCAGCUUCAAGCCCGUCACCGAGGCUCCAGCGUGAAGAUAAGAAAUUCUACAAACCCCUCGGACGUCGGCGAUUCGAUCCCGAGCUAGCCAAAUACGAGGAAGUCUUGAGAGUUUUGCUCGACAUCUUCCAGGCGGAGCCGAACAAAGUACCGAGUAUCAUCGAGAUUCUGUACGAGUUUCUGGAUUAUUACGAGGGAGACGGUUAUGCCUUGAAAUGCGCUAUGCAGAAGGAGAUCCCCAACCUUUGGGCGUUUGAACGCCCUCCGGUUGUUCUGCCCCACGGACAUCCCAAAACACACAAUAACGCGGUGCGGGACCCGGUGCCAGGGGAGGAUGACGAAGAGUUUAGUGAGCGUCGACAAUACGGAGAGAAGAGGUUUGGUCUUCAGGCGCCGAAAGUGGAUUUGCCAAUGUCGGUGGUCAUCAACAUGCCGCCCGCGGGGGAUCAUCUAGCGCGCACCAGGUACCACGCUGCCUGCUUCAAAUCGCGCGAGCUGGCGCUCAGUCUGCUCAAGGAGGCCGGUAUGUCGGAAAGACAGAUUGACAAUUACGUCGUCGGGCAAAAAGACCAUCCGAUGGAUACGCCUGAGGACGGGCUAGGUGGAGGCUUCAAGCACUACAGGACUGACAAGUGGUUUCAUCGAGAACUACUUGAGAUGCGGGGCCAGGUUACAAAGCUUGAUAAGUCUGUGGAGGCACUGAUGAAUGCAAGGCUGGAUUAUCAAGCACAGCAAGCGGCACAUCGCGCAGAAGUGGAAGCUAUGGACCUCAAUACGGCCACCGAGGGUUCGUCAAGUACACUCCAGGUACCUGCUCCGCUAAUACCCCACACGGCUUCAUCCGCAUUUCGAGGAAACACGCACAGUAUAAGUCCCAGGAGAAAUAAUGAAGCUUUCGAGUUCCCGGAGGCCGUGGACCCCAUCACGGAAGUACCGGGAGAGUUGGCCCCCUACCUCAAAUCCAGGCUUUUCUCCGCCGCAGUAUCUCAGCUCAACGUGCGUACAGAAGAGGAUGUUGAUGGCGAUGAUGAAAUGUCAGAGGACGAGGAAGGAUAUGCAGACGGUGACACCAGCUUUGGUGGGAGCAGUGACCCUAUGGAUGUCACUCCACACACCUCCGUUACCGCCAUUAGUCCCACAACUGCGACAUUGGCAUCCGCAUCGAAUUCGAACCUCGCAACGUAUUUACAGCAGCUCACGCCUGCGCAGGCGGCUCGUCUAGCCCCUUCGUUGCUCAAUCACCUUAGGCUGGUGUUGGCGCGCCACCAGGCCGCUCGGGCUGCUGCACAAGCCCAAGCUCGUGAUUCUGUAGGUACUUCUGCUGGAAUAUCUCCUGCUGGGACGCAUGUUGGACCAUCUCAUGCAGGGGUCGCUUCACUGCCGCCGGCCCAGGCUGCAUCGAGUGCAGCGGUGGCAGAUAUUGCUCCUCUCGCAGCACCAACAAACGCAAUGCUACAGAUAUCCGCCCUCAUGCAGCCCGUAGCUGCAAAUACUGGAGCACAAGGCCCACAACUGCUUCCACCUGUAGUCAUGGCAAACAAUCCCGGCAUCACUGUCACAGCGCCGCCCACUUUGAGAGCCCAGGGCCCAUUUCCCACUGUGUCGCAGCAGCAGUCCCUGCAACACAAUAGCUUGCCGGCUACACAAGUGCAUCAGCAUCAUCAGCAGCGUUCGGCCGUUUCACCGAUUCCGAACCACUCACUGUUGACACCAGGUUUGCAGGGGCUGUCGUUCAGUGGCACCCCGUCAGGUAGUCUUUCGCCAACAGCGACCCCGAACCGUCCACAUCUGACUCCGGGUUUACGCGGCCCUUCUGCCAACAGUGCUGCUGCCAAUAGCUUCACCUCUCCCGUAAUCGCAACGACCCCUUCACCUUCGACUGCCGCCGGCCCUUCAAGUCAGAAUCUCCCUCUUCCACCCCCUCCGAGCAUAGGUUUCCCGCCUCCUCGUCCAGGUAUCCAGCGAGGUAGCCUCCCUUCUCCUCUUAGAACCUCCUCAACCAUGGCCACGAGCUCCGGUAGAGCUCAUGCCUGCAGUAUCAUACACCCUUACCGUGUCAGGUCUCCAGAGAGUUCACAGCCGCGCACCAUCUGCAUUCACUUUCCCUCCAUCCUCCUCCCUCGCAACACCCUUCCAGGUGGCGAGGACGGUGACCAAGACAACGAUGCCAUGGACACGGACAGGCCCAAGGAUAACUCAGGAGAACGAACCGAUGCCCUCAUGCUCGGCAUCGAAGACAUGAACACGGGCACAAUUGAACUCUCCCGCGCCAUCUUCCUCUCCGCAAACAUCGGCUCCAUCUUCCGCCGCAAAAUGAUCGACGGCAGUUACCAGCUCAUCGAGAGGUACAUUCCCCGUUUCGGAUGCCCUCCCAGGACAUACACCAGCAAGGGCAAGGGUAAAGCUCCGAUGCCACGGGGUCAUAGCGGCCAUGGUAGCGCGUACGACAAGUUGAUGCAAGCGCUUUCGUUCAUGUACCAGCACGCUGGCUCUACAGACAGGGAGGAAUUGCUGUCGAAGCGGUGGCGCGUCUCUCCGGGGAUGAUGGCGGAGACGGAUAGGGGAGCGGUGUGGGAGGGGUGGGCGGUGGUGCUGGAUAGGCCGAUUGAGAUGACGAGUGAGGAGAGGGAUAGGGGGGCGCUGAAGGUGCGGCCGUUGAAUUUGGAUGCUCAGAGGAUGAAGGAGAUAGAGGAGAUGCUGGAGGAUUACUGAUUGCGCCUCAAAAGAGGGGGGAUGCCUUGGAUGCUUGGGUCGCGAAUCUCUAGUGGACAUGAUCUCAAUGGACAAGCAUACUUCG